AUGUUGGCCACAACAAAGUCCACAAGAACCCCAAACUUUACUCCGAAUGAAGACGCGAUAUUGGCCCGUUUUUGGAUUGAAACCUCCGAGAACGUCCUUGUCAAUAAUUCCCAGAAAAGCACCGAUUUUUGGGAACGAAUCACGAACAGUUUCCAUGAACAUACAGGGGGUUCAAUGAGGGAGUCAAAAAUGCUUUCUAAUCGAUGGGAUCUUCUUCAAAAGGCUACUGUCAAGUUUGCUGGGUAUUACAACAAGAUCAAGAACAACCCACCCUCCGGAACAACAGAAGCCGAUCACCUGAAGAUGGCAAAGAGGCUUACUACGAUGAUACCCGAAAAAUGUUCUCACACAAUUCCGCUUGGUCCAUCCUUUGAAACCAUGAAAAGUGGAGAGAUGCCAGCCCAAACGAUUAUGGAGAAGAAUGCUGCCAAAGGCGAAAAACAAAGUGCUGAAUUUAAGCGAGAAAACACGUUGCAAGAAGAAACAAACACUCUAUCCAAAAUCGAAGUGGCAUUGAAGUCUGACCAAAUGGAGAAAGAUCUCAAUACUCUUACCGACGACUAUGCUAAGGAAUACUUCACCAAACAAAAGAAGGCAAUCAUUACCAAGAUGCGAGAAAAGGAACUGAAAAAAAGCCAAUCUACCUCUUGA